AUGACGCUCCUAAAAGUUGAAGAAGCACGAGCAUACAGUAACCUUGGUUCCUCGCACCACUACAGACGCAAUUUCGCUCAGGCGAUUGUCUUCCAUGAGAAUGUACUUCGGAUCGCCCAGGAGCUGGGAGACCGAGCGGUGGAAGCCAGGGCAUUCGCGGGAUUGGGUCACGCGGCUAGAUGCGCCGGCGAUUACAACCAGGCGAAACGCUGGCAUGAACGUCAGUUGGACAUGGCACUAGGCACGAGGGACAGGGUGGGUGAGGGUCGCGCUUGCUCCAAUCUGGGAAUUGUCUACCAGUUGCUCGGCGAACACGAUGCUGCUUUAAAAUUGCACCAGGCGCAUCUCAAUAUUGCUAGAGCCCUCGGAGACAGAGCAGGCAUGGGCAGAGCCUAUGGAAACAUUGGAAACGCGUUUAGUGCAAUGGGAUAUUAUGAGCAAGCAAUCAAAUACCAUAAACAAGAACUCAAAUUCAAUUGA